UUCUUCUCUAUACAUUCCGACGUUUCAUUUUCCCAAACCCUAUCCCCUCCCGUCUUUUCAGCGAUCUAUUCAUCAACGCCGCCGCCGCCGACUCCAUUAUUUCUAUCAAUGGCGGACGCAUCUGACCGUGCUAAGUUUUUUAAUCACCAGAAACUCGGCCUCGAGCUCAAAUGCACUAUCUGCCUCAACCUGUUCAAUCGCCCGGUGUUGCUUCCAUGCGAUCACAUAUUCUGCAAUGUUUGCAUACCUAAAUCUACUCAGUUCGGAUUCGAUUGUCCAGUUUGUAAGCAGAAGUGUGUUGAUCGAGAUGUAAGAUCUAUUCCUUUCCUUGAAAACAUAGUCGCUAUUUACAAAAGUUCUGAUGCUGCCUUUAGUGCCAAUCUUACUCAGUCUGUUCCUUCGGAUCGGUCUAAGUCUGUGAGAACAUCUGAGAAUUAUACUAUUUCACAUGAUACUAAGUUGGUGAAUUCAGUGAAAAUGAACGAAGAAGAAUUAAUUGAUGGGACUUCUUCUGAUUCUCCUGUUUCAUCUGAAGGUGCAAGGAUUGAACUUGCCUUCCAAGAAGUAACUUUAGUUCCUGCUGUACAAUCAUCACCAAAAAACUCUCCAUCUUGUACUGACAAUGGCAGGGACCCUGUAUUGAGCACCAACAGUAAUUUGGAAAAUCAAUCAAAGAGACCUCUAUGCAACAUCCUCAAUGAAGUUGGGGCUAGUGAAGAAAACAGAAGUUCUUCACUCGAAUCUGGUGCAGGUUAUAGAACCCUGAAGAAACCCAAAACUCUAAAUUCUGGUUUUUCAGAGGUCAAUGCUGAUGGCAAUGGGACCACUCAAACAAAAGACUUUCAUUCUGAAGGCAUGGGAACUUGUAAACCCAAAGUUAGUCCCAAAAUUGAUGGACUCUCAGGCGAGAAGACUGUUGGAACUUCACAUUUUCAAAGCAUUUGUGUCUUUUGUCAGAAAUCUGAAAUCACUGAUACAACUGGCCCCAUGAUGCAUUAUGUUAAUGGGAAGGAGGUAUCGGCAGAUUCUGUCAACAAAUUCAACACUAACAUUAUUCAUGUACACAAGAUAUGCCUAGAAUGGACGCCUCAAGCUUAUUUUGUGGGUGACACUGUAAAAAAUUUGAAGCCAGAGGUAACAAGGGCUGCAAAGCUGAAGUGCAGCAGCUGUGGCCAAAAAGGAGCAGCUCUUGGUUGCCUUGUUACUUCAUGCCGCAGAAGUUAUCAUGUGCCGUGUGCAGCUAACAUUAAGAAAUGCAGAUGGGACUUUGUUAAUUUUUUACUUCUAUGUCCAAGUCAUGCCUCUGAUAAAUUUCCUUCAGAAAGAUCUAAGUUGGGGAAUCAUUCAACAGAAAAGACAGCUUUGCCUGCAGAAAUAGAUUCAAAUCCACCUGACUUUUUGGCGGCCUCACCCUGCCAUGCCAAAGAAUGGGUUUUUUGUGGUUCUGCCUUAUCCGCUGAAGAUAAGUUGUUGAUGGUAAAAUUUGCUGGAACUUGUGGUGCAAAAGUGUCUAAGUUCUGGGGAGAAAAUGUUACUCAUGUCAUAGCUGACACUGAUGUUAAUGGUGCAUGUAGUAGAACUCUGAAAGUCCUCAAGGCAAUAUUGAACGGGAGAUGGGUUCUUACAAUCGAUUGGAUAAAAGCAUCAAUGAAAUUAAAGAGUCCAGUUGAUGAAGAACUGUACGAAGUUAAGCUAGAUAACCAUGGGUGUCAUGGUGGCCCUAGAGCUGGCAGACUCCGGUCUUUGAACAAUCAGCUGCCGAAUCUGUUUGAUAGUUGCAGGUUUUAUUUCAUUGGGGAAUUCAUUCCAGCUUACAAGAAGGAUCUUAUAGAAUUGGUAAUUGCUGGAGGUGGUAAUGUUAUAGAGAGGGAAGAAGAGUUUGUGAUGGUGGUGCCAAGUGUAGAGAAAAGCAUAGUAGUUUACUGCAGCGGCGAGACGACGAUAAAAGGAUCUUCUUCUUCUUGUCGAGGGGCAGUUAUGGCUGAGGAGUUUGCAGCAGAAAUGGGGUCUCAAGCUUCUGUACCUCACACUUGGCUGUUGGAAUCUAUUGCUGCAUGUCAGUUGCAGCCUCUUGUUUAGACUUGUUUUUAUCUUGCUAGCUAGCUACUCUUAACAUUAUUGAAAGCUCAAUUUCAAUCUUUA